GUGGGCUUUUGCUUCCUUCUCGCUCCCGGCCACGACCACAAACAGCUCAAAUCCAAUAGAGACGCGGGUCCUUCCUCCGCCAAGAAUGUCCAUGAGAUAAGCCGAAUGAAUACCUUAGGCGAAUGGUGGGUGAGUGAGAUGCGAACCAGCACAUAAGAUAGCUACACAUAAUGUCUGAAUCUCAGUGUCAUCGGAACCCCUUUAAUCAAUCGGCCAGUAUUUGGAGGAGGCAGCAGCCAAACGUCGUAAGCGCUCCAGUCCUGAAUUGAAUCCGACAUGUGAACUCAAUGGGAGCCAGGUGGCAAAUAAAUAGAAAAAAAGAAAAAAGAAAAAGAAGCCAACCAGCUUUGCCCGGGUUUGCCAAGUCCACGGAGAGGGAGGAAGAGGCGGCGGGCUCCAAAUUUGAACUCCAGCCACCCUUGCUUGACUCGGAAGGUUCAAGACAGAGGCAUUCAUUCUCUCGAACUGCACCAUGGCUGAAGUCAGAGACCCCUGGGAACUCAAGAGAUGCCUCCCUUUUGUUUUACCGUUUCGUGCGCCAUUCGCCAAUGGUAAACUAUUUCCGUUGUUCAUGGACACUUGGUGCCAGCAGCAAAUGUGAAAAUCGUGGAUAUGGCCAAUGGCCUGCUUCGAAGGAUUUCUUCCCUCCUUCCCCCCAACAACUCUUCUCAUUUCUCGCAUCUCUCUCUUCAUCCCUCCCUGUCACUCUCACACCAACAUGUAGACGCACAUCCUCUCCCUCUCCCUCUUUCUCUGUCCCUGUCAGACAUCCUUCUCUGUCUCUCUGUGUCUCUCUCUCCAACUCUCCAUCUCUGGGUCAUCAAAAUCCUGGCUGGGAUAGUGCCGGGCCAGUUGCUCUAUGGGACAUCAUGAAAUCGUGACGUAAAAAGGCGCAUUCGGUGGGGAAUCGGAUAUUGGAGACUCUGGGAAAGCUGUUGGGUGCUUGGGCGACCGUCGUCCUCGUCACGGGGAGGGUGGUUUCUUUUCUAUUCGUGAAAACAAUAAAUAAUUGAUA